CUCUAUAAAGCUCCAACGUCAUCACGUCGCAGAUUGUUGACCGUCACUGAGGAGCAACAUGGCGGCGCACAGUCUCUCUCCGUCUCUGUACAGACUGCUGUUCGCUGUAAAGUAUGCCUCGCUCCACUCCAGAUGCUGUGCAGUGCACAAAAAGGCUCAAUAUUCCACCAUCUACAAUCCCAGUGAAAAGACCUUUGAGAAGAUCCUUAUUGCCAACAGAGGAGAGAUUGCUUGCAGAGUGAUCAAGACGUGUAAGAAGAUGGGCAUCAAGACUGUAGCUGUUCACAGUGAUGUGGACUCUAGUGCUGUCCAUGCAAAGAUGGCUGAUGAGGCGGUGUGUGUCGGCCCCGCCCCUACCAGUAAGAGCUACCUGAACAUGGACGCCAUCAUGGAUGCCAUCAGAACAACUGGAGCACAAGCUGUUCAUCCUGGAUAUGGCUUUCUGUCUGAAAACAAAGAGUUUGCAAAGCGACUGGCAGCAGAAGGCGUUACAUUCAUUGGCCCAGACACCCAUGCUAUCCAGGCAAUGGGAGAUAAAAUUGAGAGUAAACUAAUUGCUAAAGCUGCUAAGGUCAACACUAUCCCAGGAUUUGAUGGAGUUGUCAAGACUGCUGAGGAAGCUGUGAAGAUCGCACAGGACAUUGGCUACCCAGUGAUGAUUAAAGCAUCUGCAGGAGGAGGAGGGAAAGGAAUGAGAAUUGCUUGGAAUGAUGAAGAGACAAGAGAAGGUUUCCGGUUCUCAUCCCAAGAGGCAGCAUCCAGCUUUGGAGAUGAUAGGCUUCUCAUUGAGAAGUACAUAGACAACCCCAGACACAUAGAGAUACAGGUGUUGGCUGAUAAACAUGGUAAUGCUCUGUGGCUGAAUGAGAGGGAGUGCUCCAUCCAGAGGAGGAACCAGAAGGUGGUGGAAGAGGCUCCCAGCACUUUUCUGGACUCAGUGACACGGCAGGCGAUGGGUGAGCAGGCAGUACAGUUGGCCAAAGCUGUGCAGUACUCCUCUGCUGGCACUGUGGAGUUCCUGGUGGAUUCUAAGAAGAACUUCUACUUCCUGGAGAUGAACACACGACUACAGGUAGAACAUCCAAUUACAGAGUGUAUUACUGGCCUGGACCUGGUGGAGCAGAUGAUAAGGGUUGCCAAGGGUUACCGACUGCAGCACAAACAGGAAGAUAUCCCAAUUAACGGUUGGGCCAUUGAGAGUCGUGUCUAUGCUGAGGAUCCUUACAAGUCUUUUGGCCUUCCCUCUAUUGGACGGUUGUCUCAGUACCAUGAGCCACUCAACCUCAGCAAUGUCCGUGUAGACAGCGGCAUCCAGGAGGGCAGUGACAUCAGCAUCUACUAUGAUCCCAUGAUCUCUAAGUUGGUUACCUAUGGAGCUACACGAUCUGAGGCCCUUGCCAGGAUGGAGGAUGCUCUGGAUAACUAUGUUAUCAGAGGUGUGACCCACAACAUUCCCCUCCUGCGGGAAAUCAUCACCCACCCUCGCUUUAUCUCUGGUGACAUCAGCACCAACUUCCUGCCAGAAGUUUAUCCAGAUGGCUUCAAGGGUCACCAGCUGGAGGCAGACACACGCAGGGAGCUGCUGGCCUCAGCAGCAGCGCUCUACAUCACUGCUCAGCUCCGCUCACAGAGGUUCCUGGGCGAGUUGAGGGUGUCCUCCAGCCCUGUGGAGUGUAACCACUGGGAGCUGUGUGUGGAGCUUGGAGAGCAACGACAUGUCUUGGAGAUUACCAAAUCAGGGAAUGUUUACACUGUGGAGGUGGAUGGAGGAGAGGUGGAAGUAAGUGGACAGUGGGACCUGGCCUCCCCUCUGCUGCCACUCACCAUCAACAGCACACACAAGAUGCUACAGUGUCUGUCCAGAGAUGCUUCAGGAAACAUUGUCCUGCAGUACCUGGGCACAUCGUUUCAGGUUCGGGUUCUGUCCAAGUUGGCUGCAGAGUUGAACUCCUACAUGCCAGAGAAAGUUCCAGAAGACACCAGCAGCAUCCUGCGUUCACCGAUGCCUGGCACAAUGGUGGCUGUGUCUGUCAAGCCUGGAGAUACGGUAACACAGUCCAAUAUACAGAGGUUUACAACAUUCCUACAGCAACUCUUACUUCACUGGCUCAGGUGUUGCAGAGGGUCAGGAGAUCUGUGUCAUUGAAGCCAUGAAGAUGCAGAACAGUUUGACUGCUGUCAAGCAAGCAAAGGUUAAGAGUGUCCACUGUAAGCCAGGGGACACGGUGGGAGAGGGAGACCUGCUGGUGGAGCUGGAAUAAAACCGAACCUUUGACUUUUUGAUGUGUGAUAUCAGCCGGCUUGAGCCUUACUCCUCUCCAUGUCGACAGAGGAAGAUCCACGUUGGCAAACAGACUGGACAAUAACAGAUGCUUGAUGUAUUUUGCCAGUAGUCAUUCUCUACAGUGGCCCUGGCAGAGUUAGUUCCCUGAUGGUGUCUCAAAGCUAACUUGUAUCAGCAGUGCUAAACUGCCUUCUCCACAUGUUAGACUCCUUCAUGUGGCUCCUCUUGUGAAUCUCUCCAUACUGUGACCCUUUUUUGUUUUCUAGACCUGAUUAUUAGUUUUUGUUAAAGAUCAGUUCACCCACAGUACAGAAACACAUUAGCUCUUUUUAGCCCUCUUGCUGGCCUUGCGAGAGUUUUGAUUCAUAUGCCAACAUUUCUGCAUAGGUAAAGGCUGCUGCCUCUCCAGUACAAUGGAAGGGCAUUCCGCCUUGAUCUGAGCAUCAGAGAGAAUGUUCUGUUCACCUCUGUUGCACUGGAGUGGAGCAGAAGUCUCAGAGACCUUGGUGGACUAAACCGAGACACUUUGUGUAGCUCAAUACCACUGAAGGUCAGCAGGAUAAAUGUCUGUUGUAAUUUUGGUUUAACUGGCACUUAAAGACACUACACACAAAUAAUAAAGUGCUCCUUCUUUUCCACACAGUAA